AUGGAGGUGGAAGACACUCUCUCCGUGGCUGCCGUGGUGAACGACGACAAGAACGAAGAUACACCCAGAGUGCUUGCUCCAGUAGCAAUAGGGGAGGCGGUCUCAACCGUUUUCACCUCAGUAGCUGUAACUCCCACAGCAGUGGCAAGGCUGGACCCAGUUCCGGCAGCAGACAAUGUCUCGGAUGCCUCGCUUGAGCCAGUUGCUGCGACUAUCUCAGUAGUGCUGGAAAUGGUGGACGUGAAGCUUUGGCUCUCAGAGGUGAGGGAGUCAACUGAGCUGGUGACACUUUCAAAAGUUUCGGUAGAUCCAGCUGAAGCGACACCAGACGAGGCUUGA